AUGCUCCACCGAUUGAGCGCCUUGCGCGGCGGCGCCAGAGCUGCCCGCGCUCGGCGCUUUGCCAGCCUUUCAGCUGCUGCUGGAGCUGGCGACCAAGACAUCGGCGUGUACGAGCUCGACACAAUCUACGCGCUGUCCUCCGCGCCUGGUAAAGCUGGCGUGGCAGUUAUCCGAAUCUCUGGCGAGCAGGCGGACUCGUGUCUGCAGCAGCUCAGCAAGUCCACGGCGCUGCCGGAGCCUCGAGUUGCUGCUUUAAGGAAGCUCUACCACCCGAAGACCAAGGAGCAUCUGGACGAUGCAUUGGUGCUGCGGUUCCCGCACCCGAAGAGUUUUACGGGCGAAGAUAUCGUGGAGCUGCACACGCACGGAAGCGUUGCGGUGGUGUCUGGAGUCCUGGAAGCGCUGAGCCACGUGCCUCACUGCCGUGCUGCGGAGGCGGGAGAGUUUACGGAGCGCGCGUUUGACAACAACAAGAUCGAUUUGGUGCAGGUCGAGGGCUUGGCAGACCUGCUGAGCGCUGAGACAGAAGCGCAGCGCGGACAAGCCCUUCGACAACUCUCGGGUGAUGUUGGAGAAAUCUACGAGGGUUGGCGCAACAGUCUGGUGCGCUGUCUGGCCUACACUGAGGCGAUGAUCGACUUUGGUGAUGAUGAAGAUGACGUCACCGAUGCUGCGUACGAAGCAGCAGUGGAUCGAGUUCGCGUGCUGGCAGAUUCGAUCCGAGGACAUUUGGCAGACGGCAGGAGGGGAGAAAUACUUCGCAGUGGCGUCCAGGUCGCCAUCCUUGGUCCGCCUAAUGCUGGCAAGAGCAGCUUGCUGAAUGUUCUCGCUCGGCGACCUGCUGCGAUCGUCUCUUCCAUUGCUGGUACGACGCGAGAUGUGGUGCAAGUGCCAUUGAACAUUGCAGGUUAUCCCGUGAUCGUUAGCGACACUGCAGGAAUCCGUGAAACCGAGGAUCUUGUCGAGAAGGAAGGCGUGCUCAGGGCUCAGCAGUGCGCCAGUGACGCAGAUAUCUGCGUGCUUAUGAUGGACAACGCUGAGCUUCUUCACAACGAUGAGUACCAGUCGUACCUCAAAGAAGGCGCUAUUGCUGUUCUAAACAAGAGCGAUCAGUUCGACGAAGACGAGAUCGGACGCGUUAUAAGCACCUUUGACACCGAGCAACGCGACCAGCUCCUUGUGAUUUCUUGCGCGGAGGGCGACAACAUCGAUGUGUUCGUGGACAACCUCGCAGCCGCGGUGAAGGAAAAGUUGGAGAUGUCUUCUGGAGCGUCUGCGAAUGGUGCAUUGAUCACUCGUGAGCGUCACCGUCAAAAUCUCGUCGAGUGUUUGUCGUGCUUGGAGCGUUUCUUGGCUGAUCCUUACCAGAGCGAGAUUGCUGCCGAGGAUCUCCGUCGGGCCGUCAUGGCAAUUGGCCGCAUCCUCGGACGGAUCGACGUUGAAGACGUUCUUGACGUACUCUUCGCCGACUUCUGUAUCGGAAAAUAA